GGCACCUGGUCAAAAUGGCGUUUGUUUCUAUGACGGAAAGCGAACAAUGAUUUUUGCUUAUUGAUUUUUGAAAGGAAAAGUGGUUGAUGCAGAGACAUUUUCCUUCCACAAUGACUUCAAAAACUGAUUCUAAUAAAGCUGUAUCUGAUGCACAGAAAGCAGAGGAAAAGGCCAGCAAAGAAGAGUUAGUGGAGGCCAAGAUGAGAAUUAUCAGGAAGAACAAUGAAGAACUUAUGAGAAGACAAAAAGAAAUUGAAGAAGAUCGUAAAAAUGCUGAUGUGUACAGCAAGUUGGUAGAGAUAAAGAAGCAACAUGGAGAUGCAUUGUCAGGAGUGAGCAAUGAUUCAUCACAGCCAGAAGGGGUGGCUGGAACAGGGCAAGGAAGAGGAAGGGGUCUUAUGUUGCAGGAAAUGCGUAAAGAAACUUUCAAAGCAAAGCAGUGGGAGGCCAAACGGAAAGAAAAUGUCAUGAGAGAGGAGGAGGAGAGGAAACAAGGAAGGACUUCCAACUCAGCUAGCAGGUUUCUGGUGGAUGACAGGAGAGUGGAUAUGUCCAAAAUGGCAGGGCGGAAUGAGCACUCAUGGGGUGGAGCUAAUUUUGGCAAAGCCGCUAGUCGGAUGCAGAGAGAGAAAGAAGGGUUUCGAUCAGACAGAAGUAGAGAUAACAUGGUGAUGCAUAUGUCAGGGAGAGAGCGGCAGCAGUAUCACGAGUGGAAAGAUGAGAGAAGGAAGAUCGACGAAGAAAGGAGGGCUCGCCAAAAGAAGGCUGGAAACUGGAGCCGUACUUGGGAUCAGAAGAAGGUCUGGGAUGCCAGCCGGAGGAUGUGGGUUUUUGAAGAAUCAGAGGGCAGUGCCAAGGAUGUAAGACGAUAUGAUGGCCAUGGCAGUGCACAAGACUGGGGCAAUGACAGUAGGGGGAACAAUUGUUAUGGAGAAAACAGAGGUCGUAAAGGAGGAGGAUUUAGACAUUAUGACAACCAUGAAACCCAGGCUUCUGAAAUCCAAAGAAAUAGCAACCGAAGUGAAGUUUUGGAAAAUAAGAGAACUGGAUCCAAAACUGAAAGAGGAGCCUUAGAAAAAGAAAAACACAAUCGUGAUGGUACAGCUAAUGGUGAGAGCCUUGGGAAGGAGAAUUGGGAAGAAGAACGUAGUAAACCUGUUACUCAAAAGAAAGAAGAGAAGAGUGCAGAUGCUGCUUUGAAGACAUCAACCGAGAUUUCACAAAGAAUCGGUCAACCCAAACCUCAAAGAGAACGAAGACAAAGAAGAAAGACUAAGGAGUGUGACAUCAAUGAAGAUAAACAGAACAACCAGGAAUCUGUGGCAGAUAAAGAAGUGACAAGUAAUGAACCCCACAGCAAAACUCCUCACCAUGAACUUGGUGAAAAGGCACAAGAUGACCUUCAAGAUUCUCAAGAACAGCCCGAAUCUACGACUACAGAAGAAUUAUCAUCAUCGGACGCAUCAGCUUUGCAUGAAUCUUCUGGAGAUAAGAAAGGGCCAGCUGUUGUAUGCAGGGAUCAAGUCAACAAUUUACAUGAAGAAAAUGCAGAGACACAGGUGGAUCCAGAACAUACAGAUACUGGUGAAAUAGCUCAUGAAAAAGCUACUGUAACAACAGACAGUGAUACAGGUAAAAAAUCACACUUACCAGAAAACCCAGCAGAUGAAAAACAAGAUACUUCCAAUGACCAAUCAACACAAAAUGAACAAAAAGAUCACAGCGCAAACUCUGCUAGUAUUGACUUGACAACGGUACAAAAGGCAAACUUGGCCAAACUGAAGGUGGACGAAAAAGUCUCUUUUGACACUGAAGAAAGCAAUCAGAAAAUGGACGCAGAUGGGGAUGUUACCAGCACGACACAAGCAUCCACGUCAGUUGUUGCGGAUAUACCACCCACACCUGAUUUUCUGAAACUGGAGGAGGACAUCAAUUGGGGUGAGAUUGAGAUUGAUGAGGAAGGUAUUGUUGAGAGAUGGUAGCAUGUAACAGAGAACAGUAAAAGUCACAGGCUGAUUAGUAUUAGGGACCUUAAGAAACCACGACGGUGACGCCAAGGAAGACUUCGAUUAAAAACUGAAUUUCUACUCUUAGUUAGAAUUUCAAAAAUGGCUGCA